CAAGUAUAUGGGAAUAAGCAGGUCAGUGGGUCCGCCAGAAGGUAGACUAGAGGACAAUGUCUCCUGCGAAACUAUGGAUCCCAUGCUAUCGUUUACCUCCCUGUGGGAGGUUGUAUCCACAGACACUAGUGUCUGGUGGAUGAGGGGCACCGUAUUUCGGUCAUUCGCCGUCCUGCGUUAGGUACUGAUAUCCAUGGAUGGGGGCUGGCCGGAGUUGUCCUAGGCGUCCGAAAGGUGAAAAUAUUCCUCCCUGCAUCUUGCGACGCCCUUCGAAUGACAACUCUAAACCUAUUUUGGGUAUGAAUCAUCCGCCUAUACCCUUAUCCACUCUGACAUGGGUAUCAGAUCGUCACCAUAUAGAGGAAGGCACUGUUGAAACGCUUAGCAUCUCUUGUUGUUGGAUCAUUAACAGGUUCCAAACUGCCUUCAGAUUUUGUGUGGCUUUCACCGAUUGUCCCAAUCAACCAGUCGCAUGCCUUGGCUGUCCUCGUAUCCCGAGGCUGGCUCUCGUGUUGACCCUUUUGUUUGACGUCGAUGGCCCUCGUGUGGACGUGCGCUGGACCAUCUCACAAGCUCAUAAUCCCAUUUCUUGGAAGAGUAUGUUUGAUCCAUGUAUGUGGAUAUCAGAUCUUGGAAAGCGACAGUAAAGGGAAACAAUACAGAAAAGGCCAUGUCGGGUAAAUCCGAAUUUGCCUCAGGUGCUCAAUCUCUGUCCAUCAAUUAAACUUCACUUUCCUCGUCCAUGAUGGAUUCCUCUUCUGAUCUUGAUCUGUUCUUCCCACUACAUAUACCCUGG